UAAACAUAAACCGAAAUGGGCUGAAGUGCAAGUAGCGAUAGAAAUAAGAAAAGAGAUUUUAAAAGAAAGCCUAUUGAUAGUAAGAAUAAAGUGCAGCAGAAGGAAGCAUCUGAGCCUAAUUUUCUAAAUACUCCUGCUGAGAUAAAGCAAGCUCAGGAUAACCAGUAUACAAACAAUGCCCCUAAAUCGCAAGAAUUAGUUCCUUUGAGACAUAGCAUGUCUGUAUUCCAAAAGGCUCAGGAGGGACCUGUAGCAGCCAAAAAGAAAAAAUCAAUCACAGAAUUCAGUUCUGUACAUGACUCUGAUUCUUAUAUUGACAGCAUAGAAUCUGAUAGCAACAGAUUCAAAAACUCAAUUUCUUCUUCCUCCUUCAGCCCCGAUGAAGAAUCUAGCUCCUAACCCACAUCCUCUAAACCCCCAAUCUGAGCUCUUAAGCCAUAAUCAGU